AUGGCCAUCGCGCUGCCGGCCCUCCUGGGGGUGCUGCUGGAUCCCCUCAUGGGCCUCGUGGACACGGCCAUUGUCGGGAGCCUGGGCACCACCAGCCUUGCAGCAGUGGGCCUGAGUGGCAUGGUGUUCAACCUGAGCCUCUUCAUAUGGAUCGCGACUGCGGUGGGGCGUGAUGACAGGGAGGCGGUCAGCCGCGUGGCGGCCCAGGGCCUCUGGAUGGCGGUGGUCCUGGGCGUGGGCAUGAGCCUGCUGCUCUGGACCCAGGGCGGCGCCGCCCUGCGCGCCAUGGGCGCCGGCCCGGAGGUCAUGGCCGUGGGCAUGCCCUACUUCCGAGCGCGCUGCCUGGCCACGCCCUCCGUCCUCAUGUUCUACGUGCUGGCCGGCGUCUUCAGGGGCCUCAAGGACACAAGGACCCCCCUCAUCGCCGGUCUGCUGAGCAACAUCGUGCAUGUCGCCCUGGACUUUGGGCUGGUGUACUGGGCGGGGUGGGGCGUGCUGGGUGCGGGACUGGCCACUUCCCUGUCCCACUGGGUGACGGUGGCGGUGCUCGGGGCCCUGGUCAUCCGCAAGGGCCACCUGAGGCCGCGCGACCUGCUGCGCCCCCCCGACCUGGCCGAGGUCCUGCCCCUCCUGCGGGCGGGUGUCUUGCUCUCCACCCGCAUGAUGCUGGCCAUGGGCACCUUCGUGUACGCCACGCGUGCCAUCGCCGGCUUCGGGGCAGCUGCCGUGGCGGGGCACGAGAUCCUGAGGACGCUCUGGGUCACCGCCACCCAGGCCUUUUCAUCGCUGGACAUUGCCACCCAGACCCUGGUGGCAAGCUACCUGGGCAAGGGCGACAGGAAGACCGCGUCCGACAUCGUAGCGCGCGUGCUGCGCCUGGCGGCCGGCAUCGGCGCCCUGCUGGCGGUGGCCCUGCUGGCGGGCAGGCAGGCGCUGCCCACCGUUUUCACCAGCGACCCGGCCGUCCAGGGCCUGGUCACGAUGGUGCUCCCCCUGGUGGCCCUGGGCAUGCCGCUGGACGCGGUGACCGCGGUGUGCGAUGGCACGCUGCUGGGCGCGCAGGAGAUCUCCUGGCUGUCCAAGACCAUGGUGGUGACCUCGGCGGGGGUGGCCCUGGGCCUGAUCGCUGCGCAAAAGUACGGCUGGGGCAUCCUGGGCGUCUGGGCCGUGCUCAAGGGCCUCACCCUGGGGCGGCUGGCGGGGGCGGCCUGGAGGCUGGCCUCCCCGGCCAGCCCCCUGCAGAGCAGGCCUGCCCCUGCCACGGCCGGCUGA